AUGGGCCGAUAUCUGAGUUAUCAUCCCUGCCAGCUACUCAUUCUGGGCCUCGUCGCAGCUCUUGCUAUUUCAAUAUGGACACUAUGGCUGGGCGUCAAUUCAGACAAAGACAACAUCCAUCCUUUACUUAACCAACUGAUUCCUGCUGGCCAUUGUGCUUGCCAAUCUGCUACUGUCUUUAAAUGUGAUACCUGCCUCCAGUGCUCUGCUUCCACAUUACCUCAGAGCCCUUCGCCUCCUCAUAUCACCUUCAAUCCGAAUAAAUACUCCUACAAUGAGACACAAUGCCAAUCCUUCUUCCCUGGCUUGUUUGAAGAUCCUACCCGCGCUCAGACAUUCUGGCAGGCUAAGAAUGGAAUACGCAGGGCUGACCUCGACAAUGUCCAAAUGACGAAUGGCAUGGCCAGAGCUGCUGUCUAUAAAGGGCGUCUGUACGUCAUUAGAGCUCUCGCCAAGGGGGAAGACCACCGACGCAAAAUCAUCGGAGUGUUGAGCUCAAUCCAUCGCGCCAUGAUCUCAGUACCAGACCUCGCUGCGAUCCCAGACACAGAGUUCAUCUUCUCAAUUGAGGACAAAGUGGAAGAUGUCGCGGGACCGGGCCAUCCUCUCUGGGCUCUGGCGAGAAAGGCCGAAGAAGAGUCCGUCUGGCUCAUGCCGGACUUUGGCUUCUGGUCCUGGGGACAUCUUGAUAGCAAUAUCGGACCGUACGACCAGGUGGUUGAGCAUGUCCGACAGCGAGAAGUCCCCUGGGACGACAAAAAGGAUAAGCUGGUGUGGCGCGGGAAGCUCAGCUUUGCGCCGAAACUGCGGCGGACGCUGCUCGAGGUUGCGCGGGACUAUGCAUGGGGUGAUGUGAAGGAGGUGGAGUGGAAGAAUAAGGCCAACUUCCUCAGCAUGGAGGAGCACUGCGAUUACAAGUUUAUUGCGCAUGUAGAAGGGCGUUCUUAUUCCGCGUCGCUCAAGUAUCGCCAGGCGUGUCAGUCAGUUGUUAUUAUCCAUAAACUGCAGUACAUCCAGCAUCAUCACUAUCUACUCGUCUCCUCAGGGCCACAGCAAAACUUUGUCCAGGUCGAAAGAGAUUUCUCGGAUUUGCCGCAGAAGAUACAGGAGCUUCUUGAUAACCCUGCUGAAGCUCAACGCAUUGCAAGUAAUAGUGUGAAUGUGUUUCGGGAACGCUAUUUAACGGCUGCUGCUGAUGCAUGUUACUGGAGGGCCUUGCUACAGGCGUGGGCUAUGGUCUCUCCUGAUCUCACUCCAAAGACUGCUCCUCAGAAUGGUAUCCGAUAUGAGACAUUCUUACUGCUCGGGGAUAGCAAUAUGAUGCAUUUUGCGGCAUGA